AUGGUUUUCGGUCGCCUGACACAUUAUGCGUUCGACGCAGUAUUGAUCUCUGCAUUUUUAGCAGGCAUAAAGCGAUCUACCGGUCUUACCCCCAGUCUCAACACAGAUAAGAUUACCGAUAGCAAAGACAUUAAGCGAUGGAUAGAGAGUUAUUUGGGUGUCGGAGAGUGGGUUAUGGAUCAGUCCGUUGCAGUGUUGGGGUCGACUUCGUAUUUUGAGCGACGACGAUAA